AUGCCCAACACUCACCUUCCUGGUCAUCUCGACAGUGCGCGACAAAAGCUGCGACCGAAACACCAACUGCUGGUGCUGAAAUGCUACCCACGACUCCCUAAGAACUCAGCCGCCGAUGUCGUUCCCAAUGGCUCCGAACUUUCCUACCUCCUCUUCUACGCUUCCACGCGCCGCACCAAAUUGCAGAAACUCGGCGCAUUCCUCGAACAAAAGACUGCCGCCGAUGUCUGGAGGUACCAGAGCGCGCGCGUGCUUGUUACCUUGCAGAUCCUCAAUGCGCUGUUGGAACACAAGGUCAUCAGCAAGGCCAAAGGGUUCUCUCUGAUCGCACCAUCGGUUCUUCGCAUCAUCCGCGAGAUCAUCACCAGCACCAAUGACAUCAGCCUCAUUGAAGCUUCAGUCGGCACCUGGGACGCCGUUUGCCAACACCAAGACCAUGCUACUCUCGCUGCUGACGUUUCCUAUCGUACCCUCUUCGAAGAAAAUGUCGCGCUCUACGCAUCCCUCGCCAAGAACAGUACCAAGAAACUUGGCAAAUCGACACAACCUGUGGCACGUCAUGACGCGACACGACUAAGGAAGGCUGGCGUAACAGCGAUCAAAUGCCUGUUCCAACCGGUUGAGCCAGGCACAUGGUGGACCGCUCAUCUUGAUGCGACCUUGCCCGCUGUCAUCAGCAACCUGCGCCACGAUGAGGCGACAUACCUCGAGCACAUCCAAAGCUUGAGUGACAAAAGCGAGGAUGAUGAUAAAGUCAAGUCGUUGACACGCAGAAUGAGCGUCGCUGCUUCAAGGACCUUCUCUGGACUACAGGAGGCUGCGGAAUCGGAUCCAAGAGCGGCUGAAGGCACUGCGCAAGAUGCGGAUAAUCUGGAAGAAGAGGAGGUGGGAGUCCUCGCGAUCAGCUGCCUGCGCGCCAUUUUCCAGACUCAGAAUCGGGCACAAACACGCGGCGCGGCCAUGGUAUUCUUGAAAUAUGUCUCAGAUGAACAGGAACGCCUUUCUCCGCGACCAGCGACGGAAGAGCUGGUAGGCCUGCCAUUCACUGAAUGGGCGACGACGAUUUUCCGGAUGAUCACUUCUUGGACGCCCGUGCAAGAACGAUUUAUCCUUCUGAUUACAGCCGUUGAAACACUGCGACAAUCGCCUUUGCAAAACACCGAUCUCCGAGCGAAUCUCCUUUUCGCUGAUCUCAUCGAUGCAGUACUUCGGUCACAGCUAAAUCUUAUUGGUUUGUCGGUCAUGGAUGUUCUCCUCGGUUUGCUAGACCAACUUGGUCGCCUCGCCGCAAUCAGCACUUCCUCCACCGAGCAUGCUCCGAUCGCAUCGUCGCUCCUUAAGCAGCGCCUACAGAGUUGCAUCGCUGAUCUUGCCACCCACGUCUACUAUUCGGAUCAAAUCACCGAUAUGAUCUCUACCAUCAUUGCACGAAUCAAACCCGAUGCGAUCCCAUCUGGCCAGACGAGUCCUCCUUCCGAG